GCGCCAUGGCCCAGGAGGUAGCCGGACGACCGCCGAAGGAAACCCUGUCACUCUGGAAACGGGAGCAGGCCCGGCUGAAGGCCCGCGUCGUGGACCGGGACACGGAGGCGUGGCAGCGGGACCCCGCCUUCUCGGGUCUGCACAGGGUCGGGGGCGUUGACGUGUCCUUCGUGAAGGGGGACAGCGUCAGCGCCUGUGCCUCCCUGGUGGUGCUCAGCUACCCCGAGCUCCAGGUGGUAUAUGAGGAGAGCCGCAUGGUCCACCUGACAGCUCCCUACGUGUCAGGCUUCCUGGCCUUCCGAGAGGUGCCCUUCCUGGUGGAUGCAGUGCAGCGGCUACGGGAGAAGGAGCCAGGCCUCGUGCCCCAGGUCGUUCUUGUGGAUGGAAACGGGGUGCUCCACCACCGAGGCUUUGGGGUGGCCUGCCACCUUGGCGUCCUUACAGAUCUGCCCUGUGUUGGGGUGGCCAAGAAACUCCUGCAGGUGGACGGGCUGGAGAACAACGCCCUGCACAAGGAGAAGAUACGACUCCUGCAGGCUGGAGGAGACUCCUUUCCUCUGGUGGGAGGCUCGGGGACUGUCCUGGGAGUGGCCCUGAAGAGCCAUGAGCGCAGCACCAAGCCCCUCUAUGUCUCCGUGGGCCACAAGAUGAGCCUGGAGGCAGCUGUGCGCCUGACGCUCUGCUGCUGCAGGUUCCGGAUCCCGGAGCCGGUGCGCCAGGCUGACAUCCGCUCCCGAGAGUACAUCCGCAGGGCCCUGGGGCCGCCCGGGCCGCCUGCUCCGGUGGGAGAGGAGCCAAAAGGCACAGAGGCCACAGGCAUGCUCCAAAGGAGGCACGGGAGAGCCUGCAGGGGAGGGCAGGCCCCUGAGGACCACAGCCGAGGACCCAGGACAGACCUGAAAGGCCUAAACCUGGGCUCCCAGGAGCAGUCUGGCAAGGGCUGGCAGGCCAGUGGAACUGGGCACUGUGAAGACUCUAAGGCCACCAGCCACCCCACUCCAUCUUCGGGACAGUGACCACCCUGGUGGCUGGUCUCUGGGGACUACAGAGCCUCCCCUGCAGCUGCAGGUAGAGAGCCCAGUUCCUGAAGACCCACCGCUGCACCACGCCCUGUGUGGAAGGGGUGGAAGUGGCAGCCCCUACAGGGCUGAGACCAGGCCCAGAAAGCGCGUGCAACUGCUUUCCCGGAGCCUGCGGAGGGUGCAGGGGCCACACGGCCUGAGGCCACCAGCUGGCGCAGACACCUGCCCGGCCACUCCAUCCGCCCCUUUGAAUACACACAUA